AUUUCACGGAAGCUGCAGGCACACAGCAAACAGCGACGCUCUGCUAACUAAGGCGACCUGUCUGCCCAUAUCUCCCCAGCACCAACCACACGUGCCUGGUAACCCCCUCCAGCUGCUUUCUGUAAGAAUGAGGCUGCUAGGCAGGCGCUGCGUCGCUUUCCACACUUGUUUGGUUGUGGUGAUUGCUCUCUCAGAGGCCAGGACAUUUUUGUCUCAGCAGUAUGCCUCUGAGUUCCUGGUUAGGAAACGUCGAGCCAAUUCUUUUAUGGAAGAAAGUAAGAAGGGAAAUUUAGAAAGAGAAUGCAUUGAAGAACUGUGCAAUAAAGAAGAAGCCAGAGAAAUAUUUGAAAAUAAUCCUGAAACGGAAUAUUUUUACCCCAAAUAUUUAAGCUGCCUCGGCUCCCAUCGAGCAGGGAUUUUCAAGGUUACUGAUGUUAUUCCAGAUUCCUCAACUGACCUGAGAACCUGUGUGAAAGAAAUUUCAAACCAAUGUAGCCCUCUGCCAUGCAAUGAAGAUGGAUAUACGGAAUGCAUCGAUGGGCAAGCCAGAUACACGUGUGUCUGUAAACCAGGCUGGCAAGGAGAGAGAUGUGAAGAAGAUAUAAAUGAAUGCGAAGACCCAGCAAAUAAAAAUGGAGGUUGUAGCCACAGCUGUACUAAUGUUCCUGGAAGCUACCGCUGUUCCUGUGACAAUGGAUACUAUAUACUUCCAAAUAAACAGGACUGCAAAGACUGGGAUGAAUGUAUGAUACAUCCAAACAUCUGUGGGACAGCACAGUGCAAGAACUACCCUGGCAAAUAUAAAUGUGAAUGUGCGGAAGGCUACACAUAUAAUUCAACUUCAAAGAAUUGUGAAGAUGUGGAUGAAUGUGCUGAAAACAUUUGUGCUCAAGAGUGUGUAAAUUCUCCAGGAAGCUAUGCCUGCUAUUGUGAUGGCAAGAAAGGGUUCAAGCUUUCUAAGGACAGGAAGCACUGUGAGGCUGUUCCAGUUUGUGUCCCUCUGAAUCUUGAAAAGUAUUAUGAAUUGCUUUACCUGGCAGAACAGUUUAUAGCGAUCCCUGUGCUGUACUUAAGGUUUAGAUUGCCAGAAGUCACCAGAUUUUCAGCGGAAUUUGAUUUCCGGACAUAUGAUACAGAGGGUGUUAUACUAUAUGCUGAAUCCUCUAACAGCACAGCAUGGUUCUUGCUUGCUCUUCGUGAUGGGAAGAUUGAGAUUCAAUUCAAGAAUGAACUUGGAACAAAAGUCACCAGUGGUGGCAAAGCCAUUAAUGAUGGUCUGUGGCAUAUAGUCUCAGUGGAAGAAUUAGAACACAGUAUAAGUGUAAAAAUAGCAAAAGAAGCAGUGAUGAAUAUCAACAGCCCUAGAAAUCUGUUCAAACCAUCAAAUGGCUUCCUGGAAACUAAAGUGUACAUCGCAGGAUUACCUCGCAAAGUCGGCGACACCCUCAUUAAACCGCUUAACCCUCGACUAGAUGGGUGCAUUCGUGCCUGGAACCUGAUGAAUCAGGGAAGUUCAGGCAUAAAAGAAGUUAUUCAAAAAAAACAAAGCAAACACUGUUUAGUAACUGUGGAGAAAGGGUCCUACUACCCUGGCACUGGCAUGGCAGAAUUUCAUAUAAACUAUAAUAAUCUUACCAAUGACAAAGAAUGGCUAAUAAACAUAACAUUGACUAUUCGCCCAUCCACAGGCACUGGUGUGAUGUUUGCCUUGGUCUCUGGCAAAACAGUGCCUCUUGCUUUGUCCAUAGUAGACUCCAACUCCCCUAACUCACAGGAAAUCAUUGUGACUAUUGAGAACGUCAUUGUUGCCCGGCUGGAGUCAGAGAGGUUGUGUACCUCCAAAAGAACGCUGCUAGGACUCAGAGUAAACAAACAGCUGCUUGAAGUGACUGCUGAUUCACAAACACACAGCAUCAGUUCUGAGCAAGAGCAACAACUGUCCAUCCUGGAUCAAGUAAUGAAGGGACCUAUUGUUACCUACUUAGGUGGCAUUCCAGAUGUUCCCGUUGGUGCUACACUACUGACGGCCUUUUAUAAUGGCUGCAUGGAGGUAAAGGUCAAUGAAGUACAGCUGGAUCUGGAUGAAGCCUUCUCUAAACACAAUGACAUUCGAUCCCACUCGUGCCCACUGAUUGCAAAUGAAAUGAAUGAAUUCUUAAAUUAGCAUUCUCUCCCUUCAGAUAUAAUUUGCGUAAUGAGUCUCAUGUCAUAAUAAAACCUGUAUUAUUUUACUCAAGAUGUUCUGAGAAAGGAGUUCAACUGGAGUGUUUCUAUCC